AUGUAUGUGGCUUUGAUGGCAGGGUACUCACAAGUCGCGCUAUGGACCUAUCACCGACGGGCGCAGGCGUUAAAUGUCUUAGACACCUUGUGCUCUGAGGGAUUACGAGUAAAAGACUUGGUGGGGCCACGAGUUACGAAUUCUGAGGACAAGAGUGAGCAAAACACCACGUCAGCAUCUUCUACUUUGCAAGGAGAACCAAAUACAAAUAGUGGAGGUGGGCUCAUGCGUCUCGAUUUGUCCGAUUCUAGCACUAUCGUGUCCUUAUUGCUCUUACGACGAUGCCUUCGAAAGGUCGGAGCGCGCUACAACCGCAGAAUGGAUGGCUUUUCAUUGGCAUUUUUCGCCACCGGUGUGAUUUUUGUAGGGGCGUUGUGUAUGUUUUACCUGGCGGCGUCUCCGGUUGCAAGGGGCGGAUCGGAUGGUAAGUAUAAAUGAAGUUCCUGUAAUAGUUUGAAAUUUAUGAGUCCCUUUCUCUACUGGACUUUUUUUCAAUGGCUUCUUUGUCCUACAACGCGGUACUUGCAUGCUAAUCCGUACGUAUCAAAUAUCAAUAAACUUUGGUGUACUGACCACUCCCAACAUGAUCAUCAACAUCUUCAAGGGUCUUCGUCUACGAAGAUCAGUGCAUUUGACCAUCGCGCUGCCACCGAUGCGUUGCUAGUGGUGCUGUCGCUCUAUGUGAGUGUCGUUCUCGCCGCCUUAGUUUUGCAGGCAGCAGACUGCAACGAGGCCUACCGAUUCCGCAGUGCUCUUCAGAGAGCGUGCUUGACGAGCUGCGCCAGCCUUGUCGAUUUGGCAGGGUCAUCUGCUGAGGCUGGGCAAACUUGGCGCGAAGCCUUGGCGCAUAAAGAAUUGUUGCAGACGGCAGAUACACUUAUGAUGAAGAUGAAGUUUGAUGAAUAACUGCUGUGAAUUUUUACAGAACUUCAAGUUCAACUUCAUAGAGUCCUUACUGGACGACAGAAGCAGACAUUACUGGGUCUUAACUUUUCUUUGAAUGGAUGGAGAUCCAAAAAUACUAGGAAGUUCUAAACCCCAAGUCGGCUACGAAGAGGAAGUAGUAGAUCCCGUGACGGUGCUUGGCCGACCAGCCUCUGUCGUGACUGUCUACGCGACUAUCAGUGCUAUCUUUACAGGGUUGGCGAUCGCUUUCCAGGGUUGGCUCUCGCAAACUAGUGCAGGCUGGAGUUACAGUGACCUCGAUGGGGUGUGGAGACCGCCUGGAUAA